AUGAGUGCGACACCCGGUACCGCAGCCGGUGGCGCGACUCCCGCUACCGUCAGUGACGCAGAGUCGAGCGACAUGGCUGUCACCAAGAUCGCGAACACGCAAAAAGACACGAAAGCGGCGACUUCAACGGACAACGUUCCGCCGCCAGUAUCGCACCCAAUCGACCCGAAUGCGCCUUCAUUGUUGAAUCUGCCCGGAGAAGUUCGCAACGCCAUCUACGAGGCACUCUUCAUUCACGAAUAUCCUAUUCAGAUCCAUGCGAAGAACAUCGAUCGACUCGGCUACCACUCCGGCUACCGCUCCGACAGUAUUAUCUCCGGAACUGCGCUCCUCCAGUCAUGUUGUCAAAUCCAGUAUGAGGCCACUGGUGUCUUGUACGCACGAAACGUGUUCCGUUUAAGGCUCCCUGAAGAUUCGGACGAGCGUAGUGGCAUUAUGUGGGCUAUGGGCUGGCUUCGCAUGAUUGGCAAACAGUCGUCUUCUCUUCGCGUCAUCCAGCUUGAUGUCAACAACUUGCUUGACGCAGACGAAACCUUAGAAGUCCUACCGAUACUAGAGUACACCUGGAAGCUGGAACACAAGGAGAUGAAUGUUCUAUUUGUGGCACCACUUGAGGUGCACGGUAGUUUCUCAUACUUCCAAAGCAAUCGGGAAUGGUCCGCCAGCCACACGGCUAAGAUUAACAAAAGCUUGAGUACGCUCACCGCUGAUCCCUCGAACCUUCUUAGGAAGUACUGGAUUUCCAAAAUGCUGUUGAGGGUCGGACUCGAUUCAGAUCGAUCGAAAGUCUACAUUUCAUACCGCCAUAAUCACCGUGAUGGUGGUAACUGGAUGACGAAAGGCCGCAUAUCAAUCAGCGAUGAAGGUGAGCUGCGUGUGAUCCCGCGGAACAGGAACACAGAGUUUUGCGACCUCAUGAGUAUAUACUCCGUUAGGAAGAGGCUUUUCGAUUUGUUCCAGCCCCCAGGAGUUGAACUAACCUUCGACUUGGCGCACCAGACUACGAACAGCAACCUUAGAAGCCUAGCUGGGCUGAAUCGUUGGUUACGUCACGAAGCCAUCUCAGAAGUUUGCGAUGUCGAUUCAACCUUCAACUCAGCAACUUCGACGCCGAAAUACAACUUUGCAACCGAGCUGGAGAGAUUCACGGCCAUCCGACUACGGGGUCGCCCGCGCUACUUCCAUCUGUAUUUCGACCUACCGAAGCACUCUACUCUUGAAGAUGUUCGGUUCGAUGCACUGUUACUUUUAUCUGCGAUGGAUUCGAUCAACCGCAAAGUCCAUUUAGAGAUCGAGACCAACUAA